AUGGAUACUGAGGAACAGCCAUUAGUUAGUGCAGGAAAUGUAGAAAUGGGUGCAUUAAGCAGUACAAGUACUCUCUUUGAGGAUAUACCAUGCGAAAAUGUGGGGGCAGGGGCACAGGAAGUGGUACCACCGCCCACCAGUGCUCAAGGAGAGGUAGAUAAAGAAAUAGCACCACCCCCAGAAAAGCAGGAACCAGAGAGUGGUAAUCUGCCUGGUGGGUAUUCACUUCAGGCGAUAUUAGAGCGCGUGCUGGAUUACCAGGCAAAAUUUGCGCAACAACAAGCUGAAAAAGACGAAAAAAUUGAAAUCUUUCUCGCACAGCAAGCCGAGACAGAUCGCCAGCAAGCUGAGCGAGAUCGCCGGCAAGCUGAGCGAGAUCGCCAAUUAACAGAAAAUUUACUUGCCCAGCAAGCUGAGCGAGAUCGCCAGCAAGCUGAGCGAGAUCGUCAAUUAACAGAAAAUUUACUUGCACAGCAAGCUGAGCGAGAUCGCCAGCAAGCUGAGCGGGACCAGCAACUUGUGCAGUCGUUAGAAAAUAUGAAAAAAGAGAUUGCCUGUAUGAAACAGAAUUAUGAGUCGAUACCUAAGGCUGUGCAGGAGUUGACGGUACAGGUCAACAACCUGCAAGUAGCAAACACUAACAGGGUAGACGAAAUAGGUGUCUUAGCCAACCGAGUAGAAAAGCUAGAAAUAGAUUCCACACAGCUUGUAGAGCAGAAGUGGAAUGAACAAGCGACUAAAAUUGAAACCGAAUUCAACUCAUGGCUAGAAGCGAAGGAGAGUGAGAUUGACAAAAAUAUUAAUUCUAAGUUCAGGAUAAUACUCGUCAAGAGUGUGGACAAUAUGGCCACAGAUGCCUUAAGUCGAAUGAUUGACAAUCAGGACCAGAAUGAACAAGUUCCGGAGGGAGAUGGGAAGUUGCCUUAUGAGAUCAAUGCAAUACUAGCUGAGUAUCCCAUACUGGUUUACAGAAUUGAGACUUAUCAAAAUCGGGAUUCAGAGAUAGAGCUGGUGAUUAACAAGGGCAAGGAGAGCUGCACCUACCUAUUGAAGAAAGAACAUUUUCAUUGUCAAAAGUGGGGUGAAACUCAGGCAAGAAUUGUGGAUCCAGCUGCUGCAGCAAUUUCUCCUUUACACUACUUUCAUGUGUCCCCAAUAGGUGGCACCCCGGACUGUUUAAAACUAGGGAGAAAGUUGAGGAACAUUUUGUUUGGGCAGGUGUGGACAAGAACAUAA